UGUUCGCCACUGCGUUCUAAAUGUAAACAAGCUCGCGAUGCGUCCACGUAAAUUCAAACUUCCAUGCGAUGUGGACAGUUUCCCGCAGACGGACAAGAAAGUGGUGAUUGUUUCGGUGUUCGGCAAGUCCCAGUAUCGAGCGAAGGGAUGCAAGACGGACAUGCUGAAUUCCAUACUCCAGUUGAACCUCCUGGACGAGCCCGAGAUGGAUCAGCAGUCCUGGAGCGAAAUCGAGGGAUACUACAAUCCCAAGGAGAGGACGGUUUACCUGCACUUGAGAGGAUUCCUGGACGCCCAUGCGCUUGUGGCCGAGUACGACAAGUUCACGGAGAAUCAGGAGCGCAAGGACUUCCUGAGCGUUUGGGCGCACAUGAGGGACAAAUACGCGAGAGCGCUUCUAGUGCUGUUCCACAUAUCCCACGUGAUGGUGCUCACUCAUCCGACUCACAUCUUCGACUACAGUUAUGUGCAUUUAUUCCGCGCCAUGGACAUUGUCAGGCAAAAGAUUUCUCCGCAGCUGUCCGACGUGUUAGACUGCAUUCAUAGUCUACCCAAGGAUUGGAUUUCGAAUGCCAGGCCCUGUUCGCCGCGGGUGUUGUUUUACUUCGAAACCUGCCCCGCGGUGUUCCAGGAUCCAGACAGCGAGGCUAACAUCAAAAAGCUCGAGCACUCCCUGGAGGAUCAGAUUUACCACGUGUUAAGAAAGAAUAGAAUUGUCACUAAUAUCAGCUCGAAUUCCCUGUUCGCGAUACCAGCUAAUCAGGAAUUCGUGUACGUGCACACCGGGAGUACAGAAUCGAGGGACAUGUUGGGCUACAUGGCGAGAAAGUUGAUACAGAGCUGUAAAAUUAGUUCCGGUGGUACAACGUCGAGGAGUAUCAUCAGUCUGGAUUCAAACAAUAUCAUUGCAGACGAUACCGAGACUGAGACUCGCUCGUUCAGAUCGUUUUUGCAACAACAUAUAAAUUUGGCUUUCGCAAGAGGAUUCGACGAUAACGUCAGCCGACACUCCGUGCCAGCUCAUUUUGAGAUCCCUACUUUAAACGUAUUUUGCCAAGUGGCGGACAAAGUCUUCGACUAUUUUAUUCAUGGAACGGACAAGGAGCUGUCGGGGCUUCAUAAUUUGUUAGAUACCGACGUGAAGUUCAGUAAAAGCCGCUGCAGCAAGAUACUCCCGAGAGCUUUGCAAGCGUAUCAGGAGAACUUGCCGCAGCACUAUACGAGAGCGUAUCACGAGUCGAAACUGGCGCAUGCGAUGACGGUCUUCGAGAUGCACGCCCGCGGGCCGUUGUUCGAGGAGUUCAGUGAGAAAUUGCAGGCCGAGUGCGACAAGCAUUGGCGAACCGGCAGACAAAUGUGCGAGGUCCUGUCGCUCACCGGCCAUCCCUGCACGAAUCCGGUUCACAGAGGGGGUAGCGAGGGUGCGGGAGGUGGGGAUCAAGCCGAGCCCAGGGAAGACGACAGCGAAUUACCCGUCAGAGAGCAUUGCAGCGGCGUCAGAUACGUGUCCACGUGUAAUUGCGGCAGGAUCCAAGGCUCGAGGGAAGAUCCCUUCAGUCUGAGACAGGCGAAUUGCGAUUACUUCCAGAUGUUAGCGAAGCAAUGCGGCUGCACGCAACUGGAAUGCGUACAGUUCCCCGUGUUUCAACCUAGCACACACAACUACAGAGCAGCGCAGUUGUUUUCAGCGACGAAACGCCACGAUUCCUUCAGCCGCAACGGAUCCUCUACGCCACAGGACACGCAAGCUUGCAGCUUAGAAGCCGAUACCCUGAAUGAUGAAAUUACAGAGUAUGGUAGCGGUGGUCAAUCGCCGGCACCGAGCGACCCGAUAGAGGAAGAUAUCCCGAGACUGAGCAGCAAGACAAGUUUGACGCCGAGCGACUCGCACAAAGUUGUUAUCGAAGUCACUAACAGCGAUGCGGAAGCCUCGAAAGACAAAUCCCUGGUGAGACAGCCAUCGACGACGGAAUAUCUGCCUGGAAUGUUGCACACCGAAUCACCAGCCGGUUUGUUACCGCAAUUCUCCAGUUGGUCCUUGGUGUGCCUGGGGCCGAGCAGCCUUUACUCUCACAAUAUAGGACUGCAGCAUCAAAUCGGUGUAUUCCCCACGUCUGCGUAUCUACUGCCGUGGGACGUGACGGUCAGAUUGGAGCACCAGAAGGAGCGGAAUCCGCUGUGGCCGUUGGUGGGCGACCAGGGGGGUUACUGCCCGCGUGGCAAGAACUUUCAGAACAUGAACGUCAUACGUGCUCGGAAAUCGAAGGGCAAGGAGUUUGUUGUCAAGAUAUUCGUUGGCGUGGAGUACGAGUGUCCGCGCGGGCACCGAUUUAUGAUGUCUGCACCCGACAAGGUGUUGAAGGCUACCGGCAGCGGCAUUGUGAAGGACAGCGGGAACAAGGUGACCUCCAGCACGGCUGACAUGCCCCUAUAUUUUUCCUGCCCUUGCAGACAUACCAAGCCUCUGAUUGCCCAGCUCAUGAGAAUCCACGUGGUGACGCCUAAAGCGCCGGUACACGUCACGUUGAACCCCCGCGUUCAACCCGGGCCCCCGCCGUGUCCGAUAUUCGUCACCGGAUGCGAGGAGCCCAUCAAGCUCUCGCAGAGCGCAUAUUGGAUCUUGAGACUGCCAUACGUGUACAUGGGCGAGAAAGGGCCAUACUUACCGCCCAAGGACGCGGUGCCCCCGUCGCACGGGCGCCUGUUGGCCGGCAUGUACGGCAUCUGCGAAGUAAUGAAGUGAGGGGAAGAUUGUGACGUGACGUAAGAUGAUCUGUCGAAGAUGACCCGCGGGAC